CGGCGACGCGGGGCUGGAAGUGGGUUUAAGCGCACCCGGGUCACCGAGUGACCUUGAACGUUUUAGGAAGAGAUGGCGCUGGCGGCCGCGGCGGUAACGGCGAGGCGCCUGAACUUUUGGAGCUGCGCCCGAGGGGGCCGAGCCCUGCUCCUUGGUGCCCGCGUGAUCAGACCCGCCUUUGUCUUAGGGUCUCUCCCCGACCGACCUGCCUCCGGAGGACGGCACAUUCACCUGACUGCCAGCUGCUGUUCUGACUCUAAGGCUGCAUCUCUUCAUUGGACUAGUGAGAGAGCUGUCAGUGUCUUGCUGCUGGGCCUGCUCCCAGCUGCCUAUCUGUGCCCUGGCUCUAUGGUGGACUACUCACUGGCUGCAGUCCUCACCCUCCAUAGUCACUGGGGUCUUGGACAGGUUAUCACUGACUACGUCCAUGAAGACAAAUUGGUGAAAGGAGCCAAUGCAAGUCUUUUGGUGCUCUCAGCCCUGACCUUUGCAGGACUCUGCUAUUUCAACUAUCAUGAUGUGGGCAUCUGCAGAGCUGUUGCCUUGCUGUGGAGACUCUGACUUCAGAGACUCUGACUUCCCUGGAAAAGAAAUUAUAUACCCAUUGCCUCUGCUCUAUCACUUUAUUAACCAAUGAAAAUGAGAGAAAAGUAGCAGGAAGUUCACUGAUGAGACUUCUUCUUUGUUCUCCAAUCAGGAGUUUUUUUUUUUUCUCCAAUCAGGAGGCACACAGUUUUUUCAACGAUUGGUCUCUGUGAGGAAUAUAAUCCAAGAAGGAUUAGAUUAAGAAAACUGUGAGAUAAUUAGCUUGUGUUCUAAGUUCUAAUGAGUCACUAAAUUGUCUCAGGAUCUCACUGGGUUUGUAUCGUGCUUGUAAGCUGCCACAUUUCAUUUCACUCUUAAGAAUUCAGUUAUUCAUCAUCCUCUUAUGACUGGAUUUGUCCAGCAGCCCUGUCCCUCUUAUAAUGCUUCUUAUUCUUGGGAAUACUGGGCAAAAGAAGACAUUUUGUUAAUUCAUAUAAUAAAAGAUUUAAAAGAAAAGAAA